AUGGAGGAACCGUUCCGUAAGAGGCCGCGCCUCUUCAUGUUCGCCAACCAUUCCUCUGAUCCCCGUCUCGACGAGGAUCUGGGCACCCGACGGCUACGUAAUGAUUUGCUGCUGAAAUCACGGUUCGAAUCAAUCUUUGAGAAGUACUCUCACGAUUUCUCCGGCGUCGGUGACGAGAUAGACAUGGAUACAAUGUCUAUCGUCGUGAACAACGGCCAUGUGCAAUCAAUGGAGAACGAGACGGAUCCAGGAGGUGAAUACACAGCAAAAGCGAAAUCGUUGUUAAGAGCAAUGACUGGGGCUCAAGACGGCGCAAAUGAGUACUUCAAUAAGGGCGCAGACGAGGCCAUCACGAGUAUUGAGGAAAUCGCUGAGAGUGCUGCACUGGCAGGCGAUGACCCGGGAUUGGACCCGGUGAACAGUGACGACGAACUAUUUGUACCCGUCCGUGCUCGCGCAUCUUACAUUGCGCGUCCUGAUUCAAGAGAGAGCCAAACCACUGUCCGCUCUGGUCUGGGCGACUCUGACGAUGAGUCACUUUUCGGAGACCAACAAAAGCCGGAAAGAUCAACAAGUCCCGACUCGUUGUUCCAAGUUCAACUUCAAGACUCACCUGGUCCCAAGACCACUGAUUUGCUGACCGAGUUCGAGACUCUCGAUAAGGAGGUGGACGACAGAAGUCUUCUUGAGAAAUUUGGACCUAGGCAUGGUCCGGAGGUGUUGGCAAUUAUACGAAGAACUAGAAAUUAUGCUGCUCAAGCGCAUAUCGAGCCAGCGUGGCGCCUCCCCACAGAUCUCGUUCCUGCAGAGCCACGCAGAUCUGCUUCGAAUUCCGGGACGCCACCAGUCCCUGUACCUACUCGAACAGAUCGACGAACGACCUCUCCGGCCCCUACCGGAUCUCUCUGGAAGCCGGCCAGAGUCCGGUCAAAGAAAGCUGUGCGUCAACCUGCUGUGAGUCGCUAUUCUCGGGCUGAGUCCGCGGAUCCACUUCAGGACGGUUUUUCUGACCGACAGGACGAGGGAGGGGGGAGCAACGACAGCGGAGAGGAUUUCAAAAGAAAGUCCCGCAAGCAAGAUAAAGAGGACGAGCAAAUCCUAAGGCUGAGGGAAGGGUCUUGUUUCUAUUGCUCUCGCCAGUGGUCCUCCAGGGCAGGUGUCCUCAAGCACUGGGCAAAACUGGCAAGGGACUAUGACAAGGGCGAAAUAGAUGACGACGACGUGCAUAACCUGGAGUAUAUCCACGGCUACGUGUCAUGCAGCAGCAGGGGGCCGCGUGCGCCAAGAUUAAUCAUUGCCGACUUUAAGACCUUGGUUGAAUUGCAUGAGGGUGCAGGACUGUCUUUCGAUGAAAUCGCGGAGUGCGGAGCCCUUCGAACUCGUAAAAGUGGAAUCGCGCUCAACGACAUCUAUGAUCGAUAUCGAACACCGUCUGGUUUUCGCAAUGACAAUUCAAGAGAAUGGUCGCAGACGGAACUUUGUAUGUUGGCGGAGCUCUGUCAGAAACCGAGGCGAGACAUUGGAGCAUUUGCGUCACAUUUUAAACAUCGCCACCAGAGCGAGAUUGGAAAUAAACUGGCUGAAAUGUGGUUGGAAAGUUUGUGGAGCUCGGUUCGAAGAAGGUCUCCCACGUCAACACAGCAGGCUCAUAAUCCGCCACAACAGUCUGAUCUGAACCGGACGGAGCAUACUGGACAGGAAGAGACACCGUUGGAUCCGCCUACGUUUCUCAAAAUGGAGCCUGAUUCCGACGACGAGUUGUUUGGUCGAAGAUAA